AGUUGGUGGUGAGGCUGUUGUCAUUUAUCCAACAAUGGGAUUCAGCCUCACCUUGUUUCUCAUCCUGGUUUCUCUCCCUGUAAUUUUGUCUCAAGAACUUAACUUUGCUAAAAUUGUAGUUGAUGGAACUACAGAGAUAGCUGAAACUGAUGAUACUUACAUUUGUGCAACUAUUGAUUGGUGGCCCAGUGAUUUUUGUAGAUACGGUUUUUGUACGUGGCAAAACGCAUCUGCGAUAACCAUGGACUUAUCUAAUCCUUUACUUGCCAAGACAAUUCAAGCUUUUAAGCGUUUAAGGAUUAGAGUUGGAGGUUCUCCGGAAGACCAAGUAAUUUACGAUGUAGGAAAUCCAGGGAAACCUUGCUAUCCAUUUCAAAGAAAGGGAAACGGUUUGUUUGGAUAUACAACAGGAUGUUUAUCCAUGAGCAGAUGGGAUGAGUUGAACCAGUUUUUCAGUAAGACAGGGGCAGUUGUAACAUUUGGCUUGAAUGCUCUCAAUGGGAGGCAUAAUCAAGGUAUUCUCUGGCUAGGAGAUUGGGACCCUAGUAAUGCUGAGGCUCUAAUCAAGUAUACCAUUUCAAAGGGAUACCAUAUAGAUUCAUGGGAAUUUGGUAAUGAGUUGAGUGGAAGUGGCAUUGGUGCAAGAGUUGAAGCUGCACAGUAUGCAAAAGAUCUGAUCAUCCUUAAAAAAAUUAUGAACGAGUUGUACUGGAAAUCCAGUUUCAAACCUAAACUUGUAGCCCCUGGAGGAUUCUAUGACAAGAACUGGUUUAAUCGGCUUCUUCAGGAUUCAGGUUCAGGCGUAGUCAAUAUUGUGACAUAUCAUAUUUACAAUUUAGGCCCAGCUAACGAUCGCAAUCUUGUAAAUAAGAUAUUGGAUCCAUCUCACUUGAGCAACUCCAUAUUAGGCACAUUCACAGAUGUUGAACAAACGGUUCAAGAGCAUGGUCCUUGGGCUUCUAUAUGGGUUGGAGAAUCUGGUGGUGCCUUUGGUGGUGGUGCUCCUAAUGUGUCUGACAGAUUUGUGAAUAGCUUCUGGUACUUAGAUCAGCUUGGAAUGGCAGCUAAGCACAAUACUAAGGUAUAUUGCAGGCAGUCGUUAGUUGGUGGCAACUACGCUCUCCUCAACAGAACCACAUUUGAACCCAACCCUGAUUACUACAGUGCACUUCUGUGGCAUCGACUUAUGGGAACAGGUGUUCUUGAAGUUGAUACUGAUGCUUCUCCAGAAUUACGUAUUUAUGCUCACUGCUCAAAAGGAAGAGGUGGUGUAACUUUGCUGCUGCUUAAUUUGAGCAAGCAGUCUGAAUUCAUAAUCACUGUCUACAACCGCGUGAACGUCAAUAUGCAGGGAAAGAAGAGCAUUCUGCUAAAAAGGUCUUCCAAGUUUGGUCAUAAACAAAAAAAUUCAAGGGAUAAAAAGAAGAAAGCUUCGGAUGGACUAUCAUACAGAGAAGAGUACCACUUAACUCCGAAAGAUGGGGACAUUCAAAGCCAAACCUCGGUUCUAAAUGGAAAUCCAUUGAAUGUUACAAAUGGAGAACUCCCAAUAUUGCACCCUGUCCUAAAUGAUGAUAAUUCUCCAAUAUAUAUCUUGCCUUUGUCCAUUGCCUUCAUAGUAAUUCCCAACUUUGAGGCUCCUGCUUGUGCAUAAUUUUCAUCUGCGCUCAUGCUAUGUUGUAAUUACAGCAAAUCAUAGCCUCUGCAAAAAUAUGUUUCUGAGUGAAUAAGAUAUGAUAUAUCCUUUGCUGUUAUUGCUCUGAAAUGUUGCUAAUACCCGUG